CCUUGGCCUGACCAUCGCCGCACAAAUUUCUGAUCAGCACUUCACCAGCGGAUGAUGAUAUACCUGGUGGGGAAUAAGUGAAUCUUUCAUCAUCGUAUUUUAUGGGACUUGUAUUGACCUCUCGCACCUGGAAGUAGUUGAUGACCCUAAAAUGUUCGAUGCAUCCAUGGGCUUGAGAGUCAUACAUGUUGACACUGCGACAUUUGAAGGGAAUGAUGGACACCCAACCAUAAAAGUUCAAAGAAAAGAACAACCCAAAAGUGAAGUCUUAGAAACAUGCUUUAUAUGGGUUUCCGCCGGUCUUGCAAAUUCAGGCAUAUAAGAGAUUUCCAGUCCUUGAAGAUGAAAUUGCUAAGUGUAAUCGAAACAUAAAUUGUCCACUUCUACGUUGGAGAGCUGACAAGUGCCUACAAUACCAGUUUCUAAAGCAUUUGUUCUUCCCUGAUGGUCUUGAAAAAGUUGCAAAUAAGCUGGAUAAUGCACUUGAUUUGUUGAAAUUGGAUGGUAUGUGCACUGACGUGAAGGAUGUGUUGACGGUUCGAGGAAGGAAAAUGAAGGGGAUGGGAGAGGAUUUUUGAGGGAAGAUGAAGAAGCCAGUUUACUGUGAAGAUGAAGAUGAAGAAGAAAAGGAGGAAAAAGAAAGAGAAGAAAAAGAAGUAGUAGAAGAAAAAGGAGAUAAAAACGAAGAAGAAGAAAAAGAAGAAGCUGUUGAGGAUGAAGUUUUGGUGAGAGUGUUAAACGAGGUUGUGGAUGACAAAGAUGAUGGGGGAGGAAAUUGGAAAGCCAAAUACAUGAAUGAAGACUUACAAACGAAAAAGAAAGCUAAGCAAGAUACACUCAAGAGGACAGUGAGGAGCUUAUCUAGAAUGUUGUGUAUGGUUUGUAUGAAGAUAAUUUUAUCAACACCCAAGAGUAUGCUGUGACUUGUUUAUCUCCUGGACCUGUUGAGCUCGUUUAUGAGCAGGUAUGUCUAAAUUUUGAGCCAUUUGAGCCAGGCUGGAUGUACCCUGGAGAGACUGGGUCAGUU